AUAUAUUCCACAUAUAAUAUUUGUGUUCGUAAACAAUUUUUUUCUGUUCAAACCGAUCCCCGAAAGAAAAAACAAACGUUAAACGCGAAUAUUUCCAGUGAUCUUUUUGGAAAAAAGGCGACAAAAACUCAAAAACUCACCGGUAAAAAAAGUGGCGAGAAACAGCGAGAGAGUGGUAAAGAGAUCGCGUGAGAGAGCAAGAGAGAUCGUUGCCAUUCUCGCUUCCCUCGCAAAUUCGCAAAAACAAAAUUCAAAAUUCAAAAUUAACCAGCAUUCGUUACGGUUCCCGAUAUUGGUUUCUUCAGUUCAGUUCGUAUUAUUUUAUCGAGUCUGCUGUUUUGUGUUUCGCUGAAGAUUGAGCGAAAGAAAAAAAGAGAGAGAGAGAGAGAGCGAUCGAAAAGAGCAUAGAGAGCGAAGCGAAGCAGCAGGAAAGGAGAAGGAGCAAAGAAGCAGUCCAAGUCCAACGAAGAAGUGCCCAAAAGCGAGGCGCAGAUAUAAUACAAAUACAAAAACACAACAACAACAACAACAAAAAAUACAACUAAAAAUCGCAAAAAAAAAAAAAAUUAUACAUAUAACGUCAAAAAACCAAAACAAAACGAUCCGGCUCAGCAGAGCCAACGAACAAAAUCAGCAGAGGAGCAGAGGAUGCGCCACUAAUCCCGGAGAGCGCAAGACAUGAGAAGCGGAAGCAUUGGAAGUAGCAGCCAAACAGCAUCGCUAGCAUCGACUUAUGUAGCGGUCCAUGACGAGCAUUAAGACCGAGAUGCCGCCCCUGCAUGCGGCAGAGGCGCUAGCCGCCAGCAGUGCCACCGAUAGUGGUGGAGGAGGUGGAGCAGGAGGAGGUGGAGGAUCGGGCGGACCAGGAGCUGGUGGAGCAGGCAAUGGAGGUAACGGCGGCAGUGCGCCAGCCACGCCAAAUGCCACGAUCAGUGCCGCAGCCGAUUCUAGUGAUAAUCAACCCGGUACGCCGCAGCCCCCGCAACAGCAGCAGCAGCAGCAACCGACGCAGCAACAAUUGCAGCAGCCACAAACGCAACAGCAACAGCAGGCCAUGGGCGGUGAUCCCCAACAACAGCAGCAGGUCACGGGUAUUACCCAUCAGCCGUAUGCCACCCAUCACAUGUACUCGGCAACCGGCGGACAGCAACAGCAGCAGAUCUACGGUGGACUCUACGGUGGAGAUAUGCAACAGCAACAGGGAUACGCCAGCAGCUACAUUAAUAGCUACGAACAGUUCUACCAGCAACAACAACAGCAGCAGCAGGGCACGGACUAUGCCUUUGGCGCCGUGGGCGUGGAUUAUGGCAAGAGCGCCGGUGUGCGUUAUCAUCCCUACCUGCAGACUCCCACAUCCGGACUGGGUGGCAUUCCAACGGCCAGCGCGGCUCAGGAGGAGACAGGCAGUGCGCCUAGCGCCGUUAGCACUACCACAACGGUGGCCAUGAGUCCGCGAGUGGUUAGCAGCAGCAGUCCUACGUCGACAUCAUCGCAUAUGCAACUGGGAAGCUCCAGUGGUCAGACACCGGGCUCCCCGGGCGGUGCCGCCGGAAGUGGUGGAUGCAAGUUGCAGUGCAAGAAGUGCGGCAUCCUUACCACCAACGAAUCGGAACUGCAAGAGCAUAUCGCUAACGUGCAUGGAGAGUCGCCAUAUGGUAGCAGCGGUUACGCCAGUUCGCCGUACAUCAAGGAGGAGAUGCCGACGCCACAACCACCCGGCGGUGGAUCCUCAGCGGCAAAUCCUGGUGAGCUGCUCGAUUUGGAUUCCCAAAAGAUGGUAUACCACCAGCAGUUGCUUCAACAGCAGCAGCAACAACAACAACAGCAACACGAUGCGGUCGCCGGUCUGCCGCUGGGCGCUCUACCAGAUCCACUGCACUCGAUGCAGUCAAUGCAACAGCGGGCGCUCCACAGCUGGGAGCAGCAGCCGCAACAGACAGUGGCCUCAGUUGAAGGCCUGCCACCCUACAUGCAGCAAGGACUGGGCGUAGGUCUGGGAGUGGGCGUGGAAAAGUCACCCUACUAUUCGCCCAAACAGUCGCCAUAUCACCAAUCGGCCGGCGUUGGCGGAGCCACGCUGAUCAAACAGGAGUAUGGUGGACAUGGACUGAUUAAGUCCGAGUAUCCCGAUUCGCAACACUAUGUGGACAAGUCCUUUGACCCGACAGCCGGCGGUGGUGGCGGUGCUGAAUUGUGCGCCAAUGUUGCCACCAGUCCUGCGGAGUUCCCUAGCACCACCACGGGCGGACCCGGGCAGGAGAGCGCGGCUGGUGCGGGGCCAGGAGGUGGAUAUCGCGGUUUCGAGCCGCCAAGCUCCAGUUCUGUGCUGCCGGCCAACAGUCUGACAGCUAAGGCGGCCACCUGGAAGUCAAACGAGGCACGUCGCCCUAAGACAUACAACUGUACGGCCUGCAACAAGUGGUUCACCAGUUCGGGGCACCUUAAGCGCCAUUACAACACAACGUUGCACAAGAACGCGGUGAAGUCGAGCGGUCAACCGGAUCCAGCCACCUUACCCAUCUCGGCACAUCAUCAUCCCGCCCGCGAUCCGGUUACGAAACCCAGUCGCCGUGGCACUGCCGCAGCCGCUGCGGCUGCUGCUGCAGCUGCCGCCUCGGCCAAUGGUCAAGGGCAGCAACAACAACCGCCGCCGCCACCACCGCCGGCCAAUGUGCCACCGCCGGAGCCGCCCAGAAGUCCGCCCGAGUAUGGCGGAGGUGGUGGCUUGGGCGUGGGAGCGAUGGGCGGUGCUGCCAUGUCCCAGUACUCGGCCUCACCCUCGCCCACCCAGCAGCAGCAGCAUCACCUCAACCACCAUCAGCAGCAGGCCAAUGGCUAUGCUAAUGGCACCGCCAACGGCUAUGGCUACAUGCAGCAACAAGUGCAAUCCACGACAAACGCUUCACCACAGCACGCUUCCAACAACCAACAACAACAGCAGCAGCAGCAACAGCAGCAGCAGCUCCACCAGCAACAGCAGCAGCAGCAGAUGCCGCAGCACCACAACUCCGUUUUGAACGGUCACCCAAACGGGCUAGCAGGUCCCUCCGCCCCACACAACAACAACAACACCACCCAAAUGCCGUCCUCCCAAAUGAGGGGCCUGCUGAACGAAACAACAACCACGCCGCCACCAACAACAACAACCCGAGCACCACAAAUCACAACAAUAACAACGGCGGCCACCACGGUAGCUAUAAAGAGCGAGCUAAUGGAGGACAGCAACCACACCCAUCCCAAUCACAGUCACAGCCAGGACGGGAGCCACAGCAGCAACAGCAGCAGCUCAAUGGCCACGGAGGAGGCGGAGGAGCAGGAGCUGCGGGAUCAGGCGGAACAGGGGGAAGAUCACCUGCAUCAGCAUCAGCAGCAGGCGGCGUCCCAACAAUAUCUGCUAUCGGCACGCCAUUAUCACAGCAGCACGCCCAACACGCUCAACAGCAGCAACACCAAUCCCAGCACGCCCAGCAGCAACUCGCCCCAUACUAUUUACCGGCAGGAGCCGCAGGGAACGGAUUUCUCGCGCACCACCCCGCCGCCGCAGCCGCUGCCGCCUAUGGGAAUGCUGCCGCAUAUGGCAAUGGACUACAACAUGCUGGCUUUGGAUAUGCCCAUGCCCACGCUCAUGCACAGCAAUAUGCUGCAGUGCAGCAACACCAGCACCACGCCGCUAGCUACUACCACCACCACCAGUAUGCCGGACACUAUGCAGCCGCAGCAGCAGCAGCUGGUGCACCAUUACCACCAACCGGUGCUCCACCCGCACCAUCAGCAUCUGGAGGAUCAUCAGCAGGGCCAGGAGGAGGAUCAUCAUCAGCAGCAGCGGGAGCUUCUCCAACUGGAUCAGCAGCAGCAGCAGCAGCAGCAGCAGCAGGCGCUAAUCCUGGCGGACAAUUUGCCGCACAGCAGCAGUUCGCCCACCAGCAGCUCCCCGCCGCCCACCAUGGCCAUGCCCAUGCCGCUCACCACCAUCACAGCGCCGCAGCUGCUGCCGCUGCAGCCGCCGCCGCCGCACAUCACCAGCACCAUGCCCAUGCCGCCCACCAUGCACAUGCCCAUCAUGCCGCCGCCGCCGCAAUGCUACCAGCAGCUGCAGCCGCUGGACCCCACAAUGAGCUAUCACACUAUUAUUGGUAGUGGAACGGAGGCGCAUUCGGCAACAGCGGCCGGAGGAUAUGGUAGCAACCAGAUCGCCACCAGUGAUGGCCAAAUCCUGCAGCUGAUGCCCGCCUCCCUGUUUGCACCCUAUGCCCCACUUUCACCGUACUCGGUGGCCGCCCAGCGAUCGCCGCAGGAGGGUGAUCUGCCGCCGGUGCAUACGCUGACCACAGCGCUUCAUGCCCAUCAGCAGGGUGGGCAACAGGAGGCACAAACGCCAACGUUAACGGUACUUUCCACCCCGUACUCGCCCACGGUGAGCAGUUCGCGAGCCACUCCCGCGCUGGAGAUGGACAUGGCCACGCUUAUGCAACAUCAGCAGGAUUACGAGAUGGAGCAGUACCAGCUGCAGCAUCAGCAAUUAGAGCAACUGCAGCAGCAACAACAGCAACAAUUGGAGCAACAGCAGCAGCAGCAGCAGCAACAGAUAAUGGUAGAUCAGGUCCAGUCUCUGGGACAGCAGCCGUUGGCCAAAAAGCGACGCGGCAACAAUGCAGCAGCAACACCAUCGACUACGAAACGACGGCGGAACAGCAGCGUUGGAUCAACGUCGCCGCACUCAACCACAUUGCCCUCCGGACGGAUCAAGUGUCUGGAGUGCGACAAAGAGUUCACCAAGAACUGCUACCUUACGCAGCACAACAAGAGCUUCCACUCCGCAACCAGGAGGCAGCCCCGAUCGUAUCAUCCAUCGAUGUACUCAGCGAACGCCCACAAACGGAUCAAAAUUUAAGCGAAUUCAAAUAUUUCGGACACAGCCGUUGAGGGUAAAACUAAAGAAAGAAAGAAGGAUUAACAAAAAAAACUUUUAAUAUGAUGGAUUUACUAAGUACACUUUAACCCAACCCCAAAACCGAUCAGGAACUCCCUCUCUUUUGUUUUCUUUUUUUGACAAAAUAUUUUAGUGCAAUCAAUGUAAUAGUUUUUGUUUUUUUUUGUUGUUUAUAACGAAAUACGUACUAAGGAUUCUCACUUUUUAGUGUAAAUUUAGUUGAACUCUUUUUUUGUCAGCCAAUAUAUAUAUCUACUAUAUAUAUAUAUAAGAAGUAGAAACUGUACUAAAUGAUCUUGUACGAGUUUUAGCCCUGUUUUAACCACUGCUCCUGGCCAUAAUCACAAACUAACUAAAACUGCAAAUGCAACCAUUAAGCUAUGUAAAUAGGCAAGGACUACAAAUUUUGAAGAUGUGGAAAACGAAGACGAAGAAUCUUGUCUCCUAUAUAUCAACAUUGUGCAUAUCAUUUAUUGGGCAAAUAACGAAAAAAAGGAAAAUGGAAAACAUUAACAAUAAUUAAACUUAAAUAGCAAAAAGGUUAAAAAAAAUAAACGAGAUGAGAAAGGAAAAGCAGGAGAGGCAAUACUUUUAGUUGAAAUUGAAAAUUGAAUUACUAUAAAUCGCUUUGCGAAACGCAUUUCAUCCGUCAGUUGGGAGUGUUUACUGUGCAAUAUAAAACUAAACCUUUUUUUUUUUAAAAAUAACGAAAAUAACGAAAUGUUAAGGAAAUUGAUUACCUCAGCAGAACAGCUCAGAAAGUAAUAGAAAUCUACCUCGUUAGCAAUAAAAAGAAAUAAAGAAAGAAAAUAAAAGAAAUUACAAAAAAUCACCAGAAAUAUAUAUUAUAUAUAUUUUAGUUUGAUUCUCAAUUUUUGAAAAGAGAAAGCUUUUACAAAAACAAAAACCAAGGCUUAAGAAAAUGCCAAAAGAUAACGAAGAAAAUGUCAACUAAUUAUACGUAAAACUAAAACAAAUAACUUUAAAUAUAUAAUUGUUUAUAUGCUAUUUAUAUACACACCCCAAACAUUAUAUACGAAGGAUAUAUUUUAGGCUUAAUAUUGAACUUGAAUCGCCGCCAUCACCCACCAUUGCCACCCAUUCCCCCCCUGUUCGCGUUGCGCGUCAUUGUCAUCAGUUUAAAUUUGAAUCUUUACAGUUUGGCCAGCUAAUCAUGAAUUUGUUGCUCACAUGACAAACGCAACCACGCCCUAAAAACUAAUCUUAAACCUGUUUUAGGGGGGGCGGUGGCUUAAGGAGAGCAGGGUGGCGGCGAUCAGAAAGGGGUCAGUAGUUGUCAACCACCCACAACCCACAACCUUACAACGUCUAACUCAACAACGAAAAUCCAAUUGAGAGCUAGAAACAAGGAAGUGGAAGCGAAACAAGUGAUUUCGAUGGUACUGCGGGGAUUUAAACUUGAAAUUUAAACCUUAAUCAAUGUCCGUUAGUCCUUAUACCAAGUUCAAAACUAACUAUUAUUAUAUUUGACAAAGAAAAAAAGAAAGAAAGAUUUAAGCUUGAAAAAUCCCCGCAGGAUUAUUACUUACUUUCGGUUAACCGGAAUCUAUUCUUCCCUUCCCCCUGAACUCGAAAGCAGUUUUGUUUGUGUUUAGAAUUAUACGUAAAUAUAGUUAUUUUUUUUUUUUGUCUAAAAACAAAAUCUUAAAACUUAAAUGCAGAACACCUAAGCAAUACUUGAUGCAGGCAACUAUUUUGGUUCGGAUUCUAACGACUCUUUCGAUCUAAGCUAAAUGCAAUUUCUUGAAAGCAAAAAGCAAAAAGCAGAAACUUGAAAAAAAAAACGAGAGAAACUAAAAACAUAUUUGAAUUAUGUAGCAACUACAUGUUAAAUUUUAGCAAUUAAUUAUUAAAUAAAAAAAAAAGAAAGAAAAAAAAAACACAAAAUGGGAGCACAAAACCCGCAUGAAAUCUACACACAUAUAUACGAACAUGAUAAACGGGUAUAAAAUUAAAGGAAAUUUUUAAGAAGCACCAAGUAAAAACUAAAAAAAAAAAACACUGAAACCGCCAAAAAAAAACUAAACAAAAAGUUUAUAGGAAAAGUUGAACAAUCGCCAAAAAGCAUGAUAUUUGUCUGUAUAUAUGGGUUAAGCUUUUACAAACCGAAUAUCUUUCAAGUUAAGAUUUUCUGAUAAUUAUUUUUUAAGCCAAUAUAUCAACUUCCUUUCUCAUGGUGUCAAAAGUGUUUUAUUUUUAAGAAAACCCCUGAAAACUUGACAACUAUUCGGUUUGUCCAAGGAUAACCCACAUGUGUGUAGUAGUAAUUCGAAUAAAAAACAAAAAACAAAAAGUAUAAAAAGUAACCAAUAAUUGGACAAGGAACCAUGUACCUCUCUCUCACCCUCUCUCCACCAAACAAUACACAAGGAAGAAAUCGAAAAAAGCACAAAGUUUAACAUUUUUUUGUGUAUGUUGUGUGUGUGUGUGUGCGUGUGUGUGCAUUGAUAUUUGUACAUUUUUACGAAAAACUUAUAGCAACAGGCCAACCAAGCAACCUCAAGAGAAACCGAACUCGUAACUCCAGGUAUCAGGAAUUUAAACAAAGAUUUUAUAUAAUAAAAGUUAGGAAAACUCAGUGUUAAAUGGACAUAUACACACAUACAUAUAUACAUAUAUGUGUGUGUUUUCUCUAAUAAGAAAAUCUCAAUGUACCCCAAAAUCGGAAAUCUGUAAACUGAAAUCGAAACAAAAGUUGUAAUACCCUAAAAAAAUAUCCUGCAACCGAAUGAAUUUAUGCGAAAUUGUCUCUCUCUUUCUCUAUAUAUAUAUGUAUCUCUAUAAUAAAUCUGUACAUAUAUAUAUAUAGAUAUAUGUGUACAUACAUAUAUAAACGACCCAUCUCCCCCUUUACCCUUUUACACAAAAGUUGGAGAAACCGAAAUUGUCAAAAACCCAAAAUAUUGGAAACAAAACAAAGUGACAAGCCACAUGACAGAGAAAAAAUGAAUUUUUUUGAACCGAAAUAAAGAAUGUAAACUACA